AUGUCACGCCUCGACAGGAAGUGACGAAUGUAGCCACGAGCGUGACGAACGGCUUGUUCGAAAAUACAACAAGGAAGUGACCCUUUAUUGUAAAGGAAAAUAAUCACUGGAUAAAACUUCACUUCAAGUCGGGGGUCGUUUCGCUCGGUUGUUGGGUAUCGGGGGGUAAAGUCACCGUGGACUUUCCCGAGAGCCCGUUUCUGAUCGUCUCGAGGGAUUCUGCUUUUAGCCAGCUAGCUAGCGAUGAACACGGACGUGGAAUUUCACAUCAGGCAGAAUUAUCCAUGGACCAAGCUCCCAGCUAAUGUCAAACAGAGUUUGGGGAACUCUCAGCGCGAGUAUGAGAAACAUGUGCUGCUGUACAGCAUCCGCAACCAGCUUCGAUUCCGCAAUAACCUAGUGCGCCACGUGAGGAAAGAUGAGCGCAAAUAUUAUGAGGAGCUCCUGAAGUACAGUCGGGACCACCUGAUGCUGUACCCCUACCACCUGUCUGACAUCAUGGUCAAAGGGCUGCGAGUCACUCCGUUUUCAUAUUACAUAGGGAUCAUGGAGGAUAUUAUGAACAGUGAGAAGAGUUAUGACUCCUUGCCCAACUUCACUGCUGCUGACUGUCUGCGGCUGCUUGGCAUCGGGAGAAACCAAUACAUAGACCUAAUGAACCAGUGCAGGUCUUCCAAAAAAUUCUUUCGCAGGAAAUCAGCGCGGGACCUGCUACCGGCCAAACCAGUGGAAAUCUCUGUGGAGCCAUGGUGGACGGCACAUACGGGAUACAUCACAGAGGAUGAUAUUAGGAUCUGUUCUCCAGGAGAGAAGAAAGCUAUUGAUAAGAUGAUAGAUUCUGGUCCUCAGCUGGCUGGAUCAACAGAGUACAAUGUGGUCUUAAGCUUGUACAACCGGGGCUUCAUCUACUUGGAUGUUCCAAUAUCUGAUGACAGCUGCAUCUCUGUGCCUCCGCUGGAAGGUUUUGUAAUGAACCGCGUCCAAGGCGAUUACUUUGAAACGCUUCUCUACAAAAUCUUUGUGUCCAUUGAUGAGCAGACAAACGUAGCAGAGCUGGCGAAUGUGUUGGAGAUUGACUUGGACUUAGUGAAGAAUGCAGUUUCCAUGUACUGUCGCCUUGGCUUCGCUGUAAAGAAAGGUCAGGUGAUCAGCUCAGACCAGCUCCACCCCACCUGGAAGAAUGCCCCAUCUCUCAACAGACUCAAGAGCACCAUGGACCCGCAGAAGAUGCUGCUGUCCUGGGAGCAGGGCAGUCCUGUCAUGGAGGGGGGCUCCUCGGCCACCGACACAGACACCACCAGUCUGGAGGACCAAGCAGACACAGGAAGCGUAAGCAGCCUGAGCAUCCCAGCUGCACCAACAAAGAGGAUCGCCUUUCUCUUCGACUCCACUCUCACAGCCUUCCUCAUGAUGGGCAACCUGUCUCCGAACCUGAAGAGUCAUGCAGUGACCAUGUUUGAGGUGGGUAAGCUGUCUGAUGAGACUCUGGACAGCUUCAUGGCUGAGUUAGAGAAGGUGGAGAGCACGGCAGAGGGCGAGGCCCAGCGUUACUUUGACCAUGCUCUGACCCUGAAAAACACCAUUCUUUUCUUGCGCUACAACAAAGAACUCACUCAAGACCAAGGACCUGAUAUCCCAAAUAUAGGUUUCCCCUUGGACAUGUUGCGUUGUGAGAGCCUGCUGGGUCUGGACCAGGCCACCUGCAGCCGUGUCCUUAACAAGAACUACAAGCUGCUGGUCUCAAUGGCGCCGCUCAGCAACGAGAUCAGACCCAUCAGCAGCUGCACGCCUCAGCACAUUGGACCGGCCAUCCCUGAGGUGAGCUCCAUCUGGUUCAAGCUGUACCUGUACCAUGUGACCGGCCAAGGCCCGCCGUCUCUGCUGCUCUCCAAAGGCUCCAGACUCCGCAAACUGCCAGAGCUAUUCCAGGUCUACGACAGGUUGUUGAUCACCUCCUGGGGUCAUGACCCCGGUGUCGUGCCUACAUCCAACGUGCUGACCAUGCUCAACGAUGCCCUCACACACUCUGCUGUGCUAAUCCAGGGUCACGGUAUGCAUGGCCAUGGAGAAACCGUUCACAUCCCGUUCCCCUUUGAUGCAGAAGAUCUGAAAGGAGAGUUCUCCUACUCCAACAUGUGUGUGCACAAGGCGCUGAAGAAGCUGAAGGAGAACGUGGACUUGGAGCACCAGUGCGGCUACAUCACCAUGCUCAACUCCAACAACAGGCACCGUCGGAGGACCAGUGACAGCACUGAGUGCAGAGGCGACACCCAUCUAGGUGGAGGCCUGGACACCAACGGCAGCACUGAGUCCUUUGAGCUUGUGACAGAAGAAAACAACGGUGAAAGCAAAGGAAAACCAGACAGCCUUUCAUCUGAAGAUGAGUGGGUCCCUCUCGAACUGUGCUUCGGAAUGCCCCUCUUCAGCUCCGAGCUAAACCGCAAAGUGUGUCAAAAAAUUGCCUCGCACAAACUGUGCUGCAACGAAAGCCUUCAAGAGCUACUUCACUCGAGCCGAAAGCUAUCCCUGAAGGUGUUGAGCUUUGUUCAGUCAUUCCAGGACGGCGUCCAGCCCUCUGACCUAGACAGUGGCGUGUCGAACCCUCUCAGUCAGCCCCCGGCGGAGUCCGGUGUCCCCCUGCCCGCCCUCAACCUCCUCUUCAAGGACGGGCAGUUGAGGGAAUGGAGCGGGCGGGCCCCUCCUCCUUUGGACAUCACAGCUCUGCAGAAGGACCAACCCUCAUAAGCCCCCCCCCCCCCCCAUCAUCUCAUUGAAAAAGACCACCCUUUCACUGAGGAAAUUGUCAUUCAAACCCUGCAUCUUGUCUAUCAGUAUCCAGUUGUUGGAAAAUUAGCCCCGCCAGCACUUUAUUCACCUUUCGUAUGAUGAAUCAUCCUUCUGACAGAGUUGCCAACACUAGUUUGAACCCCCCUAGCUGUUCCCCUCUGUGAUUCCUCAUAUUCUUAGCAGGCAUUGUUAUCUGUUGGAGUGGUGCUAUUAUCACAGUAUAUAACGGUGAUGCAGGUCAACAGCAUAUGACCUGUAAGGCCAUUUAACUGGAAACACUUGCGCUGUUCUCCACCGACUAUCCCCCCCACACUACCCUUCAAUCACUGGAUCUUCUGUGAUCAUUGAGAGAGCAGAGUGUAAAGUGGUUAAUAAUUGUAUAGUGUUUUAAAAAUGACCCACAAAAUAAACGAAGUGUUGAACAGA